AUGCUGAACGGGUGGUGGAAGCCAGAGUCACUUGAAACCCGCGACCCAGAAGAGUUAGAAGGGUACGAGCUGGAGGAAUUGGUUGACAAUGGUUACGGGCCUGUCGAAGGAUGUGCUGUGAAGGAUAUUGGGUGGAUGAAGGUUGCUUUCUGUGAUGCUGGCUUGCUCGGCUUCAUUAGAAUGGGUGAACAAGAGGAGUGGAAAAGACUGUAUGAGCGUCCUUCUGGAAUAUGCUACCAUAUCUCGGCAUUUUAUUCACGACGAUAA